AUGCUCGAGAAGCUCCCCAUACCCACCCCCGGCCCAACCGAGCUACUCAUCCGCGUCAGCGCCGUGGCCCUCAACCCCGUAGACUGCAUGUUCGCCGCGCACCUGAUCACCACGCAGGAGCGGCGCAUUCUCAGGACCGACUUCGCGGGAACCAUCGUCGACCGGGGUUCCGCCGCAGACGCACAAAAGAUCCCGGUCGGGGUGCGUGUGGCGGGGUUCUUGCAGGGAGGUAACGUGCUCCACAAACGCUUCGCCGAGUACGUUACAAUCCCAUGGGACCUCGUGUGGCGCGCACCCUCGCACAUGAGCCUCGAGAGCGCCUCAUCGAUCAGCAUGUGCGGCACAUCCUUUUCCCCCUCCUCCUCUACCUCCAACUCCACCCUCCGCUCUGGGGAUAUCAUCACCAACCACACCCCCACAGACCCCCUCAACGUCUUGAUUUACGGCUCCAGCACCUCCCUCGGCCUCUACGUCGCGCAACUUCUGCGCCUCACCUCCCUCACACCCACGUCCCCGUCCCCAUCUCCGCGCCCCAUCCGCCUCGUCGGCUCAGCCAGCGCUUUUAACCACAUCCCGCUCCGGCAACCCCCGUACACAUACGAUAUCCUCGUAGACUACCACUCCCCAACCUGGGUCGCGGAGGUGCGCGCCGCGACGGGCGGGCGAGGCGUAGAUUACGCGGUAGACUGCAUAUCGGAAGGCGACACGGUGGCGAGUGUCGAGCGUACGUUCGGCUCGCGCGGCGGGCGGUUGGCGGUGAUUCGGGCGCCCGCGAAUGGUGGGUACGGUACGACCGCGAUGCGGGUGAAGCCGGAGUACGGCGCGGUGUGGGAGGGGCUUGACGUCGAGGUCAAAUUUUUAAACGACUUGACCAUACCGGCGAACCCGCGAGCCCGAGAAUUCGCGGUAGACUUUUACAAGUUCCUGAGCUCGGGGGCUGAGCGCGGUGAGACCGUGCUCGAGCCGAAUCCCGUACGGAUUAUGCCUGGUGGCCUAGAUAGGAUAGCCUCGGAUGAGAAGAGUGGGAGGAGUGAAGACUAUAUGCGGCGUGUUAGCAUGGAAAAGCUGGUCUAUCCUCUGACUCUAUAG